AAAAAAAUGAUAAUGAGCAUAAAGUGGAAGUGCAGCGAAACUUACUUUCGAAGUUAAUGUUGGAAGGGAAGGGAAGGUGAUUCAGAGUUGGGAAUGGCUGCUCUCCUUGGAUCAAACCUUACCAGCGAGGUUGGACUCCGAUUGCUCCUUUGUCCUCUUGGUUCCAACGUUGUCAUUCGGACGGCAUGCUGUUCUGUUGGAAUUGCUUUGCCUGUGUACUCUACAUUCAAGGCAAUAGAGAGCAAAGAUCAAGAUGCUCAGAAUAGGUGUCUUCUCUACUGGGCAGCCUAUGGUUCAUUCAGUCUCGUUGAAGUAUUCACGGACAAGCUUAUUUCUUGGGUUCCUAUGUACUAUCAUGUGAAGUUCGCAUUUCUUGUUUGGCUUCAACUUCCACCGACCAAUGGAGCUAAACAGUUAUAUGUGAAGCACUUGCGCCCCUUCUUGUCGAGGCAUCAGGCGAGAGUUGAUCACAUUUUAGGCCUUGCAUAUUCUGAAGUGAUCAAGCUAGUCACUUCACAUCAAACAGAGAUCCAAUUUGUCAAAAACAUGAUAGCCAAAAUAACUGGAUCAGAUGGGUCAGCGGGUCAAAGGUUGAGAAGCUCUCGUGAAUCAGAUAGAUCGCUGCAUCAUGGUUCAGCUGAAGAAUCUGCAGUGCCUUCUGAUGACGAGUCUGGCCAAAACAAUGAUAGUGUUCUAUCAGAGCGGUUUCUGAGAGCCAGAUGAGUGCUGUCCCCAAGAGUUACCGUUGGUCUUGGAAUUAGAGAAGCUAGGCGUCUAUUUGUCUUUUUCAUGUGUUUGAAAUCGUUUUUUACAUUGAAAAAAAAACCUUAAGCUUUUCUUGAUAGGAUGUGGUAGAUGAAUUUUCUGAGAUUUACUGCUUAUGGAAAGAUCAGGAAGCUGUCAAUAUUUAGUUGAUCAACAUGUAGUUCCUAGAACACAUUCGACACACACAGUCUCCACGUAUCUUUUGUUGAUUUUUAUAGAUUCACUAGUGAGUAUAUUUUUAUAGAUUCACUAAUAAAGACCUUUUGUAGAUUCACUAGUGAGUAUAUUUUUAUAGAUUCACUAAUAAAAACCUUUUGUAGAUUCAGUAAUGAGCAACCUGGUUGCCUGAAGUUAGUUUUUCCCUGUAGUCUACAACUCUAUAUGCUCUAAAUGAUGAGCUAGAUUGCCAUCACUAUUUAUUUUUGAAGUUUUUUUC